CUCAUGUCUACCUCAGCCAAAGUUAUAUAAAUAUGCCUCCAUGAAGGCCAAAAGAUGAAACUGCUCUACCUCUUUUGUAGUUCAUAAGCUUCAGCUUUUGUAAAACAAUAUGGAUUCCUUUGCUGCAAACCAAAAGAAAUCAUUCCACAUCCGUUCAAACAGUUUGCCCUCAAAGCCACAUCCAGUUGUGGAUGAGGUUGAUGAACAUCUCUGCAGAUUAAAGGCCUCUGAAGCCACUUCUUCCUCUUCUUUGUGUCAAAAACUUGAUGGUCUUCAAGAUUUGCAUGAUUGCAUUGAUAAGUUGCUUAUUUUGCCACUCACCCAUCAAGCUAUUGUUGACAACAAAUCAGUUGAUGAGUUGCUAGAAGGAUCUCUCAAGCUCUUGGACUUGUGUGCUAUGGCUAAGGAUGCAUUGAUGCAAACAAAAGAAAGCACACAUGAACUCGAGUCGACUUUGCGUAGAAGACGAGGAGACGACAUCGUUGGUGAUGUUCAGAAGUAUUUGAACUCAAGGAAGAUGAUAAAGAAGGCAAUCCACAAGGCCUUGAAGGGAAUUGAAAGGCUAAGUUUCCAAAAAAGUGAUAAAAGUUUAGAAAUUGUUAGCUUGUUAAAAGAGGCAGAAGCUGUCACAUGUAACAGCCUUGAGUCCUUGCUAUCAUUUGUAGCAGGACCAAAGGUGCCAUCAAAGAUGAGCAGAUGGUCUCUGGUUUCCAAGUUGAUUCAAGCCAAGAAAGUGGCUACCAAAGAUGAAGACUCAAAUGGGAAUGAAGUACAAAUGGUGGAUGCUGCAUUGUAUUCAAUCACCAGGAAAUCUGAUUUCCUUGUUCAAGUUGAAGAUUUGCAAAACAUGCUGAGAAACUUCGAGUCGAGUAUUCAUGAUCUUGAAGAAGAUCUCGAGCGAUUAUUUAGGCGUCUUAUCAAGAAUAGAGUCUCCUUUCUUAACAUCCUAAAUCACUAAUAGCCAACUUCACCAAAGUUCAUUUUUGUAGAUGUAAACAUCACAAUACAUGUUUAAUAC